GUACUACGAAAACUGAAACCACGAGCUUGGUCCCACUAACCGAACAGCUGAUUAGACGAAAUUAAAUUGAGUAACAACAAAUCUACUUCAUAUAGUGCACAAAUGUUGUGCCGGCACUCAUUGUUGGGCGUAACGACAAGAUGCCUACGGCUCUCCUCCACGCAGCAACUCAGAUCUAUUCAGUCUGAAAAUGACCAAGCCAGCAGCCUCUUGCCGGCCUACUCGGAUGCAGAUCGUCUAAAGAUCCUGAAGACGAUUAAUGAAAACGGCAUGAUGCAGAUAUCCAACUACGACAUAACCAAGGCGAGGGCCACCAAGCUGCAAAAUUGGAAGGACCGUCAUGGACCGCUGCAGGAACUCAGCGACAUCCUGUAUGUGGAUGGAUUCGGACUGAUGGUGACCACCAAGUUCUUUACGAGUCUGCUUGCGCCGGCGGGCAGUAGGAGCAUUGCACAAGGCCGACAAAAUAAGACAAAAGCUGCACGAGUCGCACCCUUUAUAACACCAGCGAUGGACGAGAGACAGCGUCCGCUGAUUGCAUCUGCCGUAGGGGUACGCAUCGGAGUAAGCAGUGUAAGCUGGGCACGAUUAAAGAUCGGGAGCAACGAAGAUCCAUGUCUGCUCACGCACUGGCAGCACCACGAGCUGAACGACAAGAAGCUGCAUUUGUCAGAACUUUCCCGCCGCUGCCUCUAUGUCUCUCACCAGAUACCGGAGGCAGACUGCUACGUCAUGGAGAGUCCACAAAUGGCGCAAGCCAGCAGCAACCCGGGGAGCAUAGAUCAACAGAACGUGAACAUCCAGAAGGCCCAGGUGGCCGCAAUCAUAAGCUUCUCCUUGAUGGCCCGCUCAGAUGGCGAUGAGAACCAGACGAACAACGUCUACUACAUGCGACGUUUUCUCUCCGCCCGACUGUUUAAUCACCUGGUUGGUACUGAGCGUGUGUCGACCGAGGACACGAUAUCGGCCAUGAUGCGGACACAUUACAACGUGGAACAUCAGGUCCCCGAAACAGGGUCCUCGUUGAAUCUGCACAAUCAGGUCAACUUUCCCGCUGACCUACGCCUUUUAUUCUCUCAGCAAGAGCGCUACCAGCGCGAGCUUCUAGGCCAGGUACUUCUCCUUAGCUUAGCUUUUACUCGUCUCGUUCUUCAACAAGAUCCGCAAAGCAUCGCAUCAGUAUCGCGCAACUCCAAAGACUCCAAUCCAAACCGGGUCUCUUAAACAGCUACAAGUACUGGAGGCCACUGUAACUUUGUUUCAUAAUAAGCCUAUGAAAAAGUAUUAAAACACUUAAUACAACACUUCUACAAUAAUUUGUAGUCACAAUAUUUAUGAAGGGUUUUAAUAGCAGCAGUUUUUAUGGAUACAAUUGCCUUUCCAUGGAAUACCAUCGACGUUCAUAUAUAAAUUUGUCAGCUAAACGUCACCUGUUUUUGUGAAGUCACUUUGUUAGUUCAGUAAGAGGAUUUGUUGCCUUACUGACCAUUUCAUAAAAAAUAUUAAAAAUAGUCAGCAGAUGAAACUAAAAUAAAUAAAUUGUCUAUUCCGUAUAGAAAGUGGAUAUGGAUCCGUAUGAACGGAGAGAUCUCCGAAACUACAUGUCCAAAAUUUAAUAUUAAUUUAAUUUAUUGGGGAAGACUAUAUCGAAAAAUAGGCAAAGAUGGAAAAAACAAUAUAAUACCUGCCUGUCCAACCAAAUAACACAGUGAUUCUAAAAAUCUAAUGUAUUUAAUAAGAAAACGGUCCGAUAUAAUCAAUAAAGGCUUAGAAACAA